UGCAGCUGGGGACGGGUCCCCCUGGCGUCGCCACGUCAGAUGGCGGCACAGCCCCACGGCGCCAGGAUCGGAGUGGCCGCCAGACCAUCCUCCGUGUCCUCGCUGAGCGGGAUCGCCGGCGGCAUGGCCGCCGCCACCAUCUCGGGCAGCUGCACCUCGGUCAACACGGUGUGCUCGGACGGCGAGCGGCCCGUCAGCCUCAGCUCCUCCGCCUCCUCCGCCUCCCUGCCCGACAGCCAGAGCGCCUUCGGCAGCAGCGGGGCCUUGGGCGGGGGCUGCCCCGCCGGCUACCCGCCCGACGCCCAGCAGAACGGCAGCGACAUCAGCCUCGAUCUCACCCCGGUGGCGCUGCUGGAGGGGCCGGCCGAGGCCGAGGGGUCCCCGGGGGGCGCCAAGCGUGGUGGCGGCGGCAGUGCCUGGUCCCCCGGGCCUGCCAGAGCCAGGGAACGGCGGGUCAAGCUGUCCCAGCUGGACCGGGUGGUGCUGGAGAUUGUGGAGACGGAGCAGGCUUACGUCCGGGACCUGAGGAGCAUCGUGGAGGAUUAUCUUGGCUGUAUCAUAGACAGUGGACACCUUCCCCUCAAACCUGAGCAAGUGAGCACUUUGUUCUGCAACAUCGAAGACAUCUAUGAGUUCAACAGCGAGCUCCUGGAAGAGCUGGAGAGCAGCAGCAGUGCCCACGCCAUCGCUGAGUGCUUCGUGCAACGGAGCGAGGAAUUUGACAUCUACACCCUGUACUGCAUGAACUACCCCAACUCGGUGUCGGUGCUACGGGAGUGCAUGGAGAACCAGGUGCUGGCGGGGUUUUUCCGGGAGCGCCAGGCCACGCUGUGCCACUCCCUGCCCCUGGAGUCCUACCUGCUGAAACCCGUCCAGAGGAUCCUCAAAUACCAUCUCCUGCUGCAGGAGCUGGCCCGGCACUGCGAGCGGAGCAGCGCGGGCUACGAGGCGGUGGAGGAAGCCACCAUCACCAUGACGGCUGUGGCCUGGUACAUCAACGACAUGAAGCGCAAGCAGGAACACGCCGCCCGGCUGCAGGAGCUGCAGGGGCUGCUGGUGGGCUGGAUGGGGCCGGAGCUGGAGGCCUUCGGGGAGCUGGUGCUGGAGGGGCAGUUCCGGGUGCAGCGGGUGCGGCGGGAACGCGCCUUCUUCCUCUUCAGCAAGAUGCUACUGGUUGCCAAGCGCCGCGGGCCGGCCUUCGUCUACAAGAGCCACAUCUUCUGCUGUAACCUGGCCCUGUUGGAGACCCUCAAGGACCCCCUGAGCUUCAAGAUCUCGGACCUCACCAUCCCCAAGCAGCAGCACGUGGUGCAGGCCAGGAACCAGGAAGAGAAGCGGCUGUGGAUCCAUUACCUGAAGCGCCUGAUCGUCGAGAACCACCCAGCAUCUAUCCCUCAGAAGGCCAAGCAAGUGCUGCUGGAGAACAGCUUCCAAAGCUCCCCGGAGAUCCGCUGCAGCCCAGAGCCCCUGAAGACGCCGGCCCCCUCUCCAAGGAUGGACGACGCCUGGGGCUUCCCCCGCGGCAGGCGGCAGUCAGAGCCGCCCAAAUUCAUGUGCAGCCCGGAGAGAGCCCGCAAAAGCUGCCCCGUCGUCCAGCUGGACGGCGCCACUCAGUACCGCCGGGGGCGCAGGCAGUCCGAGCCGGCCACUGAGCUGAGCCAGAUGGGGCAGGAGCAGAACGGUCGCUGUCGGGGGCUCCCAGCCACCCCCAAAUUGAAGCACGCGGGCAGCGAGGGGGAGCUGUUUCCCGCCUCGCCACCCCUGGCACUCUCGGGCAGCGUCUGCACCCUGGACUCCAGCGUGGCCGAGGAGUCGGACCCCGGCGAGGAUGCCGAGUCGCCCCCGUUCUGCCUGGCCGAGGAGCCGCUGUCCAUCACCGAGGAGAUCCUGGAGCUGCUCAGCCAGAGGGGGCUGAGCGGGGACCUGGGGACAGAGGAGACACCAUGGGGGCAGGGGGAGCAGCACCCUGGGAGCCCCACUCCACAGCCGGAGCAGGAUCCGCCUCUGAGCCGAGCCGUGCUGGAAGAACGAGCCGAGGGAAGCGAGGUUCAGGAGGGAGAUGCCGCUGGGGGAGACGAGCCUCGCCGUGGCAGCCUCGGCUUGACGCAACCCCUCCCGCCGCGCCAUCCCCCCCACAGCGAAUCGGAGGAGGAGCAAAAGGAGGAGCGGGGCCCUUCCCCUCUUUGUGUCCUAGAAGACCUGGGUGCAGAGGAGACCGCCGGCAAGCCAGAGGUCCUGGCAGGGGAUAACACCCUGCGAGCAGGGCGGGACGCGUCCGGCGGGGAGCUCGGCUCCACUGAUGGGGCCUGUCCCCCGUACGGGGAUGGGUCAGCGCGGGGCUCGCCGCUGACCCGAGACGACCGGCUGCUGAUCGAGAAGAUCAAGUGCUACUAUGAGGCGGGCGAGGCUGCCCCAGAACCCACCACUCGGGAGGGCGCCCUUUCCGCCCCCACCGGGGUGGUGCGGGACUCUGUGCUCCACCUCAACCGCCUCCCCCAGCAGGAGGGUGCCACGGACCGCGAUGGGGGCAGGGCUUCUUGUGCCAAAGCCCGCCCUGCCCGCCAGGAGAAUGCUAGGAGGAGGUGGGGCCAGUUUCUUGACCCAAACACCACCCCUCAUGACGCCAACCAAGAGGAUUCUGGGAAGGGGGAGGGCCUGGCCUUUGAUCAAGGCACUCAAUUUGGCACCAACCAAGAGGCCCAAGAGGAUGCUGGGAAGGGACAGGGCCAGCCAAUCAACCCAGACAUCCAUGGCACCAACCAAGAGGAUGCUGGGAAGGGGCGGGACCAGCUCAUCGAUCAAGGCACCGAAGCUGACGCCAACCAAGAGGAUGCUGGGAAGGGGCGGGGCCAGCUCAUUGACCGAGGCACCGAAGCUGACGCCAACCAAGAGGAUGCUGGGAAGGGGCGGGGCCAGCCUGCCAGCCGUGUUGCCCCGCCCCCUGCCAGCCAGGAGCCCGAGUACAAGUCGUGCGCGGAGAUCCGGCGGGCCUGGCGGGAGAAAGAGCGGGGGGCGGCGGACGCCCUGGGAACGUGCACCCCCCGCAUGAAGCUGGGCAGCAAAGGGCCGGCGGCCACCCGCGAGCCCCCACCGUUCCUGGAGCCCCUGUGGAUUGUGGAGGAAUCGGAUCUGGCUGCCCCGCCCCGGCUGCCCCGUGGCAACGGGGUCCCUCGGGGCGAUGGUGUCCCGCCCGCCGGCUACGCCCCCCUGCCAGGGCUGUACGAGGACACUGCCCCUUGCCUGCUGGAGAACUCGGAGCGGAUCCUCAGCAAGGUCCAGGCCCUGGCGCGGAUGUACAGUGAGAAGAUCAGCCGGGCCAAGACGGCCCGGAGGCCGCAGGACGGGCCGCGCCGCCCGGCACCCAGCAGGAUGGGCACCCUGGAAAGCCUGCAGGAGGAGAUGCCAGGGCCCUGCCUCCCUCGCUGCGAGCCCCGGCUUUACGGCCAUGUGCUCAUCCGUGAGCCCCCCCUGCACGUAAACUGCGUCCAGGAGAACGUGCUGCUGGUGGCCGCCGCCCGAGGGAACGCCCUGGAUCUGCGCAGCGACGGGCCUGCACCUCUUCUGGCUUCCCGGUGCCUGGGUUCGCCCCCGGCAGAGGAGCCGGGAGCCGCCCUGCAGGAGCUUCCCCCCCCGGCGGCUGUUCCGCCUCCCCCGCCGCUGGUGGAAUCGCCCCCGAAGCUCAGCGGGGACCCCCCGAGCCCAGGCGACCCGGUUGGAGAAGGCCCUGGCACGGGCAGCUCUCCCCCGCCGGCUCCCGAGGCUACCAGUGGAACUGGCACGACACCCGAAGCCGGGGACUUUGAGGGAGCCGGGUGCCCGUCGGUGCCGGACUGCCAAGCCGGGCUGGCGGCCUGUGGGCUCCGGGGUGAGCCGAGCGCUGGGGAGGUUUCCGCGGAGACGGCAGCCUCCUCUCCCUUCUGGGAAGCAGCCCCGAGCCAGCAGGUGCCGGAGGUGGCUGGGCCGGUCGCAGCGGCCUCCUCCAGCCCUGCGGCGGAACGGCAGCCUGCGUGUGUCGGCGCGUCCGCCGAGCCCGACCUGCUGGGGCCAGGCACCUCCAUCCCUGGCGCUGGCCCCCCGGAGCCGGUGGGGGAGCAGAGUGGGCCCAUCGCCGUCCUGCUGCCAGAGGAGCGGGCCCUGGCUUUGGGCAGGGAUUCCCCGCCUGGCACUGAGGAGCUGCUCCCCCAACCAUCGCUGGGGCCUGUCCGCUGUGGGACUGGAGAGGCGUCCCUGCCUUCUGCGCCAGACCCCGUCCCGCCGGCGACACCCUCCAGUGCUGCAGGAUCCUCGUCUCCGCUCCACAGCAAUGCCCUGCCCCUGGCAGCUCUGCCGUCCCGGGGCACCCGCCUGCCUUCCCGGGCCACGGGCGCGGCCCACCCAUCCCCGGAGCCGUCCUCGGCUGCAGCUGCCCAGCCCAGCCGCUCCGUGGCCCGGUCAGCUCCCACUUCGCCCAGCUCCGGCCUGGAUCGCAGCCCCCUCCCGGCUCUGCCGCGCCUCCAGACCUCCUCCCCGGCACACCGGCGCCUCUCCUCCAGCGCCGCGGCCAUCUCCAGGUACAUCGCUGCCUCCUGCAUCAGCCAGAGCCUGGCCAAGAGAAAUGGUGCCUCCUCGGGGCCACCUGGCACCCAGCCUCCUGCAGCAGAGACUCCGGCACCCACCAGGCCUCUGCCUGCUUGCACAGCCAUCCCGAGACCAUCCUGCCCCUUGGGACCACCUGGCACCCAGCCUCCGGCGGCAGAGACCCUGGCACCCACCAGGCCUCUGCCUCCUUGCUCAGCCAUCCCGAGACCGUCCUCCUGCCCCUUGGGACCACCUGGCACCCUGCCUCCUGCAGCAGAGACUCCGGCACCCACCAAGCCUCUGCCUCCUUGCUCAGCCAUCCCGAGACCAUCCCCCUGCCCCUUGGGACCACCUGGCACCCAGACUGCGUCGACAGAGACCCCAGCACCCACCAGGCCUUUGCCUCCUUGCUCAGCCGUCCCGAGACUGCCCCCUGGCCCCCUGGGCUCCAGAGCCCCAGCACCCCCAUCUGCUCCAUUCCCCAGUGAGAAGGCCAAUGCCUGGGCCCAUUGUACCAGCAAGCGGGACCCUUCCCAGCGCAGCGUCUGCCCUUCCCCCUGUGCCAGCCCUGGGUCGCCCUCUCCCCCGGGCUGUUGCCGCGAUUCCAGCUGGCUGGGGGAGCCCAUCCCCUUGGCGUCUGGCUCGGCCGUGCUGCUGGCCUUCGACCGUCUCUCGGGGACGUGCCCGGCCCCCCGGGCUAAGCAGCUCGCCCCCUUCUCCUCCACUUCAGAGCCCAGCUCCAGGGUCCAGUCUCCAGCGCCGGCCUGCCCCCGGGUGUGCUCCCCGCCUCCCUCCAGCCAGCGCCCCGCAGUGGGGAGAGGUGGCUGCGCCCCCCCGCGGCCUUGUUCCUUCGCCCCCGUGCAUGUCCCCACCCAGCCUUCCACCCUCCGCCUCUCCUCCCCCCUGCAGCCCACCUCCCACCCCUCCGCCACGUUACCUCAGCCAGGCAGGAGGCCGAGGGGAAACCCUGAGAGCCCCCCGUCCCCUAGGGACGGAGCCAGGGCGGGGUGCUGCUCCGGGGCGCCCGCUAGCAACUCAGCCAGUCCCAGUCCCAGCCCCAGCCCCGACGAACUGGAUGGCAUCAAGUGGCCGGACGUCCCCGGCUUGCGUUCCAGGUACGCUGACCGGGCGGGCAGCAUGGGGGCGCCGGGCUCACCGGAGGAGUAUCCCAAAGUGAGGGCGGACUCGGCUCGGGACAUGGGACCCCAUCGGGCCAGCUACUCCACCACCGUCAACAUCCAGAUCGGGGGCAGCGGCCGGAUCGCCUCCUUCAGCAACGCUCAGGUCAGCCUCACCCACCCGCCGCUGGCGGCGCCCGGGCAGCACAGCGCAAGGCGGAUCAACGGCAGCACCUUAGAGACCCCGCAGAAAACGUGACGGCCCAGGUCGGGCGGGGGGGUUCACAGCCACGGCUGCAGGAGCGCUCCCGGCUCUGCACGUGCCCGGGGACCAAUGGUGAUAUAUUUCUGGGGCUGGAUGGUAUGUGGGGGGGAUGAAUUGUUACUGACCCACUGGGGUUGGCAGAGGUGGGGCCAGAUCCCCAGCUAGGGUAAUUUGGCCCUACUCUAUUGAUACCAUCUGGGGAUCCAGGCCCGUUGACCCCAAUGGAAUGAGGCCCAUUGACACCAGCUGGGGAUCUGGCUCCAUUGACCCUAAUGGAGCGACGUCCAUUGACACCAGAUGGGGAUCUGGGCCCAUUGACCCUAAUGGAAUGAAGCCCAUUGAUGCCAGCUGGGGAUCUGGGUCCAUUGACCCUAAUGGAGUGACAUCCAUUGACCCCCAAUGGAAUGAGGCCCAUUGAUGCCAGCUGGGGAUCUGGGUCUAUUGACCCUAAUGGAGUGACAUCCAUUGACCCCUAAUGGAAUGAAGCCCAUUGAUACCAUCUGGGGAUCUGGGUCCAUUGACCUUAAUGGAGCGACGUCCAUUGACCCCCAAUGGAAUGAGGCCCAUUGAUACCAGCUGGGGAUCUGGUUUCCUGAGUGACUUCAGAGGCACAGUGGGGUGGAUAACACAGCUGAACUCAAGAGUCCAUCCAUGCAAUUAAGCAACGGUUUCCAGGCCAGGAGGAAUCGGUGGGGCCCGGUCUGUAAAAGCCGUGUGCCCCCAACUGAUUGUGCUGGUCCUGGCCAGGUGGCCACGGCACCCACAGGCCAACAGGCAAAGGGCUUUCUGCCCUGCAAGCCCUCUCACGAGGCAGACGGCAUUUGGUUCUGGCUGUGGGUGGUUUUAACCGCCUGGCUUGUUCCUCGGCGGGUUGGGCCUGCAUCGGGACCAAAGGGAGCGGUGUGGGUGUUUGUAAAGAGGAGUGGGCACUAUGGGGACACAAACGCACACAAAAGCCUAGCCAGUAGGGGGCAGGCGCGUGAACGGGGCAGUACAGACGUAUGCACACCUCCUUAGCCACCAGGGGGAUCUGCAUGCACGCCCCCGAGCCAGAAGGGAGCAAUGUGGACCCACAGAGAGCCAGCAGGGGGCAGCAGGAAUGCACCCAACUAUUUUCCUGCUUUUAAGUGUGAAAACCAAAGUGUCUUCCGGGCCAAAUCCUUGCUUCAGCCAAACUCCCCUUGAAGCAGCCCAGCAGAGCGAGGGCAGCAGGCCUGGGGAAGGCCAUUGUCCUGGUGCGGAGCCGCCAGCCCCGCCGCAUCUGUCCCCGUUAAGUUGUAUGGAGCCCGGCUCAGAUCACUAGACCCAGGGGUCAGUUUCAGUCUUUGGACUGUGGCGCAUUGAGAUGCUGAGCUGUGUCAGCCACACCAUCCCUGUUGUGCCUUCGCUCUGGUGUUUGGGCCUCCCCCGGCAGAACCCCAGCUCCACACGAGUCCCUCUUAAACCUGCGUGAGCUGUUGGCCAGGGGUUGUAUUCCCAGUUCUGCUACAAACUCCUAGUGUGUGAUUGUGGUCUAGACACUUAAUCUGCCCUGUGCCUCAUUUUCCCCCAUGGGGAUUGUGGACUCUUCGGGGCAGGGUGCGUAGCUUGCUCUGGGCACAGCAGACAUCUCAGUUUUCCCAGGUGCUUCUGUAGUUAAUCUAACAAACUGAAACCACAGUUCUGGUGAGCUGAAGUUGGUGCUGUUUAGUCUGCCUGCCCUCAAAUGUGUAGGAAGUGGACGUUGUUUUCUCUGCAAGGGAACCACAGAUGUGUCCUCAACACACGCUUAAGAGUUGGCCUCAGGGUGUGCUGGAAAUGGCAAGGCAGCCGCAUCCGUCUCUUUCCGAGGCCUAAACGCACCUUAAAUUCAGAAAAUUUGCCCAUAAAAAUUGCAGUGGGACAGUCGGGUAGAACUUUUUUUUUUUGAAGUAUUUGUAUCAGAUCAACAUUGAAAUCACCAGCUCAAUGUCCAGCUGGGAAUCUGGUCCCAUUGUGUCCGGUGUAAGACGCCCCGUUUAAAUUAGGUGGAUCUCCAGCUCUUAAUCUCUACAGAGUGGCAACUGGUCCAAAUUACUCCAGAAUGAUUUUUUCCCCCUUCCCUACGCCCAUAAAACCUGUAACUCAAAACCACCCCUCAGUUUCUUCCCAGCUUUCCCUGGAGCUGAGUUGCCGUGAGAUUCUAGUCAAUCUCUCUGACCAGUUCAAGAUGCAAAAUAAGUUUGCUUAAAUAUUGCACUUCUAUAGUAAAAUCCAUCCAGACAUAGCAAUCCUGGGUUGUGAUUUGGAUGAAACAUCUUGGAAUGUUUGAAGCCCUGCCCGUUUUCCUUGAAAUUAACAAGGGGAGAGAGAGAGUGUGUGUGUGUGUGUGUCCCGCGCUUUCCCUAAAAGAGGAAAUCAGGAACAGGGUAGCAAUAAUAUGCGGACAGUGAAAUAAACAUUGACUCCUUUGAAAGCGGUACAUCUAUUUCUGGCUGUUUGCAAUGAGUUUUUCUGCUUCAUUUCUAAAGCUGGGUUUCACAAGGAGAUUUUAAAUUGGAGCAGCAGGUAGUUAAAGAGACUCCGGUAUUUAAUAUCGAGCCUUCCAGAUGGAACCAUUUAGCUACAUGUUUCUACAAAUUAUUUCACAGCCCACCAUUUGGGGAGAAAAAAAAAAUCUCUAGGGUUAUUACCUCCUUUACCGCCUGUAAUGGAUGAGCCUGUAUGUUUUCGUCCAUUUGAGAUUCAACUUUUGUCUGCUCUGACUGCUAGGGGCAAUGCUAGCCUUGGGCAAGCCGUCCAAGAUGUCAUGGCCAGUUUUAAAAUGCCGUUAGUUUCCUUCUCUUGUAGGUUUUUUUUUUUUAAAAGGCCGGAAGGCACCAUUCUGCCCUUCUGUAUAAUCCAGCCAAUCUUUAGCAAGAGGCACCUGGUCUUGAUCUAAAGAUUCUGAGAGACAGAGAAUCUGCCCGGUCACUUGGGGAACCGCUCCACUGGUUAGCUCCUUGCCCCAUUACAAACGUGCUGCCCCCUCCCUGUUUCCAGUCCGAAUGUGUCUCGCUUCAACUCCCUCCUGCUAGAUCUUGUUCUGCCUUUGCUCAAUUAUAAAGCCCUCUGCUAUCAACAAACUCCUCCCCAUGGAGGUCCGACCGCCCUUUUUGGCUCAAGCAGCCAGUCAAAGCUGGGGGGCCGCAAUUGUUCCAGCUGGGCGGAGAAAUUGACGAUAGAAUCUGGCACCAUUGAGGCAAUGCUGUUUAUUUGCAAGGGGCCGUACAAAGUCCUGUAUCUCUGAACACAGGUGGACCCAAAAAACAGGAGGUCACUUCCUUCCAUGCAGCAGCACACAUCCUGGGUGUGUGUCUGUCUUUCUCUGCUUCUGUCUCUCUCUCUCUCUCCUUGGGCCGUGCCCCCAAGACUCUUCGCCUGAAACCUAUACUCUGCCAAACUCCCCUCCACUGAAGGCUUUUGAAUUCUGGAGUGGCUGUGGUUUGCCGUGAGCUUGGAGAGCGCUGUUGUAUCUUACACGGAACCUGAGUGAAGGGCAGCGGUUAGCUCAUCAGCUUCAGGGGUUUUAACCCACCCUAGGGCAGUACGUCUCCUCGGUUAAUGAAAUCGACUGAGCUUCCCCCGCCCUCACAUUGCUCUUGUAGCAAUUCUUCGUUCAUGGACCGGACUCUGAUCUCACUUCCACUCGGUUUACAUCAGAGGGGGCACCAGACUGGAGCUGAGCCGAGGCCAGUCUCGCCCGGUAUCCCGGCUCUGGGGGUGGCCAGCGCCAGGUGCUGCAGAGCAAAGGGGGGAUAAGCUCCCCCCUCCCCGCCACAUUAGGUCUCUGCCUCAUCUCUAAUAGUCUGAGAUCCUCUUAAGCCCUGAACCGGGGGUUCUGUCUCCCUCAGCCUGGUUGUAAAUCGAGCCACUCCUCCAGGGUAUUAUUAUUAUUGUCUGCAUCAGAGUAGGACCAGGACAUCCCCUCCCCUCAUGCCAAACACUGCAUGUUUUCAUUGCUAUUAGGUGUAUUAUGGUAGCACUCAGGCACCCCAGUCAUGGCCCAGAUCCCAUUGUGCCAGAAGUAUUAGUAUUAGUUAUAUUACGGUAGCACCCAGGAGCCCAGUCAUAGUCCAGGACCCCCACUGUGCUAGGUGCUGUACAUUUGUUUGGCUAUUAGGUGUAUUAUGGUAACACUCAGGUGCCCAAUCAUGGCCCAGGACCACAUUGUAUCAGGUGCUGUAUAUUUUUAUUGCUAUUAGGUGUAUUACGGUAACACUCAGGCGCCCAGUCAUGGCCCAGGACCACAUUGUGCCAGGUGCUGUAUAUUUUUAUUGCUAUUAGGUGUAUUACGGUAACACUCAGGCGCCCAGUCAUGGCCCAGGACCACAUUGUGCCAGGUGCUGUAUAUUUUUAUUGCUAUUAACGGUAACACUCAGGCGCCCAGUCAUGGCCCAGGACCGCAUUGUGCCAGGUGCUGUAUAUUUUUAUUGCUAUUAGGUGUAUUACAGCAGCACCUAGGUGCCCCGUCAUGGCCCAGGACACUGUUGUGUCAGGUGCUGUACAGACACAGAACUGUCCUAACUCCAGUGACUUCCCGUGGGGGGGUUUGUCCCGCUGCAGAGGGGUGAAUCUCAGCCCCGGGGAGGAAUUGUGGUGGAGGUGGCCCUUCCUUUUCCCACCCACUGGGGAACCCCCCCUCCCACUUCCCCCACAUCUGCUUUACCCUGUUUUGUAGCUGGGCCACGUGGUACAUAUUUUUCCGACCUCGUCCCCCCGGCACGGCUUCAAUCUCUGCCGCCCCUCGUCUAGUUCUUUCCUGGUGUCGUUUCCUGCCUGUCCUCAGA